CCUCUCUCCGCUCUCUCCGCGUCCCCUGACCCCCCUGAGCCUGAGCCUCUCCCUCCCUCUCCCCCUCCUGACUGGGGACUGAGGACUAACUAGCAGACUGGCUUAGGAUGACUCGGACUCCCAUUCCGAGAGGGUCGACAGGUACAGAUCACAGAUCAGAGGAGCCCAGCACUGAGGCCAGGACAACCACUUCAUCAAGCAUCAAGACCAACCAAAUCCAUUCUACGUGUGAUUGCAGGAUUGUGCAAUGGGGCCUCUGACCUCCAUCUGCAGGCUCCUCCAGACCCAAAUGAAUAGAGAUGAAUGGAGGACUGUGGUGUUGUGAUCACCUCCAGUGUUUCCUGUGAGUGAUGGAGUAUGAGGAGCCUUCAGGGCUGACCAAGGCCCUCAACGGCACCGUGUCCAAUGGCUCCCUCCUCCACGAGGUCUCCCUGUCCCUCCCCACCCCCAGCAUGCACCUGGCGGGCGGCCCGUCGGGCGGCGGCGCGUGGCGUGUGUGGGCGCUGGCGGGCCUGGCGCUGAUGCUGGCGCUGACGGGCGUGGCGCUGCUGGCCAACGUGGCCGUGCUGGCGGUGGUGGCGAGGGCGGCGCACCUGCGGCGGCGGCUGGUGUUCGUGGGGCACCUGUGCGCCGUGGACCUGCUGUGCGCCACGCUGCUGAUGCCCGCCGGCAUGGUGGGCGCCUCGCCGCUCCUCUCGGGCGCCGGUUCCUCCUCCUCCUCCUCCUCCUCCGCGUCGUCGUUGGCGUCGCCGCUGUCGUGCCGCCUGUACGCCGGGCUCCACGCCACCCUGGUGGCCGCGUCCAUCUUCACCGUCACCGCCAUCAGCGUGGAGCGCUACUACUACAUCGUCCACCCCAUGCGCUACGAGGCCAAGAUGACCGGACGGCUGGCGGCGGCCAUCUUGGCUCUGCUGUGGCUGGUUUCACUGCUGCUGGGCUUCGCCACCGUGCUGGGCUGGCCGGCGGCGGCAGCGGCGGCGGCCGCGACCGCUAAUGCCCACGGCGCUCUGAGGGCCCGCUCGGCGUCCUGCUGCUCGCUGCGCUGGAGCCACGGCGGCGGUCAGUGCUGGGGCUUCGCGCUGCUCUUCGCCGGCGUCUGCUUCUGCGCGCCGGCCACGGUCAUCCUCGGCGUCUACGGGAACGUCUACAAGGUGGCGAGGGUGGCGGCGCGCCACCAGCACGGCCCCGUGCCCAGCUGGACCUGCAAGCCCGUCACCGCCGCCGCGGUGGUCGGCCUGCCCAAGCGCCGCUCGAACUCCGUCAGCAGCCAGACCACCAUCAUCGCCACGGUGGCCGGCCGCUGGCACGGGUGCGGCGGCGGCGCGGGGUCGUCGGGGGGUGCCCCGAGGUGGCGGAGGUCGCCGCGCGGGGGCAAGGCGGCCGUGACGCUGGCCGUGAUCGUGGGCCAGUUCCUGCUCUGCUGGCUGCCCUACUUCACCUUCCACCUGCGGCUGUCGCUGACGGCCCCUCCGCACGGCGCGGCGUCCGGCGGCGGAUCCGAAGCCGUGGCGCCGGUCACCUGGCUGGCCUACUCGUCCUUCGCCGCCAACCCCUUCUUCUACGGCCUCCUCAACCGGCAGAUCCGCGACGAGCUGGCCAAGCUGCUGUGCUGCUGCCGGAGGAGACACGCUGGCGUGCGCCCGGCGCGGACCGAAGUGGCGGCCGUCCCCGAGGUCGUGGUGGCCCACGACGACGACUUCCUGCAUUUCCUGCAGAGGAGCAGCUAUCUGGAGGCCACGCCCUCCGCGUGCAACGGCUCCACCCCCAGGACGAUGCUGGACCAAUCGUGCGUUAGGAUACCUGGACAAAUACCUGAGGAACUUGCAUGACGCACUGUGAAGCCACGUCUGAAUGUGAAACCUUUCUCAGAGCAAGAAAAUGUUUUUUUUUGUAUGUUUUUUGUGAAAUUGCCAUCUGUGUGGUUGCUAAAAGGAUUGUUUGAAGGAGGGUCUAAGGACUGAUCCUCUAAUGUCAACCUUACAUUAUGGAAAUUUGGUAAUUAAUCUAUUGUGAAGUAAAGUAAUUUAUUAACAAAUUAUAUUAGUAAACAAAUGAAAUGAAAGUCAUAUGAAGGACCUUUUUUACGAUUUUUUUGUAUGACAGAACAUAACUCAUAACAUAACUAUGGAGAAUUUAUGACAAUGUUCUAUCAAAGUAUUGUUGUCCAACAUGAUUAGGAAACACAAAGUUAAACUAACUGUUUCUCAUGUAGUUAGACCUCUACAUUCACAGUGCCCAGGUCUGGUUUAAUAACCAUACAACAACCAACUCAGGAACACAUUGCUUCUACCACCAUCUGAGUUUCUUUGAAUGACAGAAACGAAGUAAAUCUUUGGUAGGCAACCAAUGUUUUCGUUUUGUAUUUGACAUGGAAAGUGAGAAUGACAUUAUCAGCUGAUGUGAAAUUAUUAAAUAUUGUAUUGUAUUAAAG